UUGCACACUGUAGAACGGCCAGGCAAAGUUAACUCAUCUCCGCCGAGAGGAAACCGCUGCCUCGGUCAUGACCGUGCGUGAGAGCCUGGGCUACGGCCUUAUGGGCUUCGGCCCGGCGCUGUCCAUGUUCACGCUGACCAUCGCGCGGCACCCGAGCCGAGUCGUGGUGCUGCUCGUGUCCUCCUUCAGCUGGCUGCUGUCGCUGCUGCUGUCGUCGAUCGCCUGGUCCGUGCUCUCGCCACUGGGCCUGCCCCUGGUCCCGGGGAUGGCUGUCGCCGUGCUCUUCCAGGAAGGCGCCCGACUCGCGACCCUCCACGCGCUGCGCAAGGUGGACCGCGCGCUCAAGCUGGCCGCGCUCGCCGGAGGCGUGCAGCUGGCUCGCAGCAGGGCUGCGCUCGCCUACGCCUCCGGCCUGGGCUUCGGCAUCGCCAGUGGAGCCUGCUCCCUGCUCAACGCGCUGGCAGACGUCGCCGAAGCGCGUAUGCCUCGCGGUGCUCAGGGUUACGUGGAGAGCGCUCCCGACUCGUUCUUCCUGAUGUCGGCGCUGACCACGGGUGUCCUGACGGUGCUUCACAGCUUGUGGAGCGUGGUCGCCUUCCAAGCACUGUGCUUUCAGAGCACGGCGCUUGUCGCCUUCGCGCCAGCCGCACACCUGUUCGCCUCGGGUGCCACACUGCUGUAUUCGCGCGGGCAACUGGUCGUCCCGCUGGCCGCCAUCGCCGGCUUGCUGUUCCUGACCGCUGCCGUGGCCUUCGUGGUGACCGGCGGCCGGACGGGACACACGUGGUCCCGGCAACUGGAACUAUCACGCAGCGACGGCUCGCUCGAGGGCUCCGAGGACGACUGAGGGCGGCGGAAUAAUGACGUAGAGAAGGGGGAACCAAGGCAGACACGAUUACCUGCACGUUCGUGCACGCGUGCUCUCUUCAUUCUGCUGGCAGUCAAGAUGCCUCCUUCACGACCUGCUUUGGGAACUCCAGCACCUUCCAAAUUCUUCGAAUUGCGCAUUAAACGUUUUUACGGGUU